UAGCAAACAUAUACGGCCUUCAACAUGGGUAGCAGCGAAGGACAAACGUACUGUCUGCGAUGGAACAAUCACAAAUCGAACCUCGUCGAGAUACUGGAUGCGUUGAUCAAGAUGGAGUGUUACGUCGACUGUACAAUCUACGUCGACGAUCAGGUGCAGUUCAAGGCACAUCGUGUUGUACUGGCCGCGAACUCACCCUACUUCCAGACGAUCCUACAGGAUGUACCGAUGGAUCACUGUAGCAUUUUGUUCCCGGGCGUGCAGGAAUUUGAAAUGCGCGCACUGCUAGAGUACAUGUAUACCGGUGAGGUGAACGUGACUCAGGCACAGAUUCCGCGUAUUAUGAAAAUCGCGGAACAGCUGGAAGUGAAGGGCCUUUACGAUAUGGCUGAUUUGAAAGGUCGCUUCAACAAAAUGGUCGACGUGGACCAUUUGAUGCGUGAUCGCGACCCAGCUACGACACUGCUCGCCAGCAACAACAACUACAGCAGCAAAGGAUCGUCGACUGCUGGAUCAGGAACCGCAACGGCAACGUCCUCUUCUUGGAAAGAUGCACCACCGACCAGUAGCAGUGGUGGCAGCAGCAGUCAUUACUCACACCAUCAACAUCAGCACCAGUCAUCGCCGGUCAUUUCCACCUCAACGAACAUAUCGAUUGCGCAGAGCAGCAGUUCCUCCCCUCCUUACUCGUACAAAUCCCCUUACUCGAGCCUAUAUUCACGUAGUCCCGGUGCCGUAGAACGUGAUCGCGAACGGGAAGAACGUAGUCGCGAUCGUUCCUCAUCCUUCUCACACACGGCCACUUCUCCGCAUCGCAUCCAGUCCACCUCGGGUUCCUCGGCAUCAUCCGUAGCGACACAGAUUGCACUACAGUCACAAGGCGGCAACCAUCAAACCUCUACGCAUCAGUCGUCCAGCAGUUCGUCCAGCGCUACCUCGGCAUCGGCUCAACCAUCGACUGCCGCAGCGGCUGCGGCACUGGCAGCCGGUUGGCCUGGGCUCGGUCAAACACAACUACACAGCAUGCUCAGUUCUGCAUACGACUCCAGCACCGAUAUGAACCCGCUAAAGCGCAAGAAACUGCAAUCCAUGUCUAGUAUGCUCCGAGACACUCCGAUUCUGCGAAAUGUACUGGCACAAGCGAAUCCCGCCGACUCCUCCCAAUCGACUAGUGGAGGUGUACCGUCGGGUGCAGCAGCAACGGUGGCCACGAUACAGACGAUCCAAGGCAGUAUGAAGUCCGAUCCCGAGCGACCCAGCAGUCAUCACUCUAAUGGCAGUGGUUAUAAGUCAAUCAAGGAACCAUCGCAUUCACCAUACGCGGACAAAUCCUUUGAUGAUGAGCUGCUGGACUCGCCGCACACUUUCGGCGGCGAUGCUCGGUUGGCUUCGUACGUGCCACAUCAACAGCAGAAACCGGAAUGGAAGCGUUACAAGCAGUACACCCGUACGGACAUCCUGAACGCGAUCGAGUGUGUGCGUAAGGGCAUGAGCGCAUUGCAGGCUUCGCGUAAGUUUGGUGUGCCUUCGCGUACGCUUUACGACAAGGUGAAGAAGUUGGGCAUCACCACCGGUCGUCCGAUUAACAGGGCACUUAAGCGAUCGCCCAGCUCAAGCGGCAGUCCGGCAUCUUUCCCGUACGGAUUAAGCGGUGCGAGUCACAUGUUUGGUCCAGGCAGUGGUGCUCCCGGAGGAUCACAUCCGGGUGAUCACCAUCAGCAAAUGCCUUCCCAGUCACAGCAACAAGACGACGAAGCAUCAGCGGCCGCAGCUGCAGCCGCGGCUGCCGCCAUGGCGCACCAUGAAGCUGGUCGUAUGAUUAAACUCGAGCAUGGAAGUCACCAUGGGCUGCCACCUACGAUCCCACAUCCAGCCGCUGCUCUGCUCGAUCCGUCCUUCCUACAGCAAGCCCUGGAAGCUCGCGGUGGAGACAUUGCCGGGCGAGAGGCACUACACGCCAUGGCUUUUGCGGCAGCAGCACAUGCAGCUGUUAAUGGUAUGAGCACAUCUCCGGGCACGCACGGAACGGCUCGAUCACCAAGCCCUAGCGUUCUGAUGAAAUACAUGCGCUCGGUCUCGAUGAGCUCCCCGGAGGACGAUCGUCACCAUCCGGUGCAACAACAGCAACAGCAGCGAGAGCGAGAUCUAGCGGAGGGACAUCCUCAUCGCGAGGGCCAUCACCACAAUGGAUCCGAUCCUGUCUAUGCAAGACGCGAUCAUCCCAUGGAGCAAGACUCGAUCGACGAGACGGGCAGCGAAUGUGGUGAGCGUCCACCAAGCGGUCCGGGACCUCUGGAAGUGCAGGAUGAUCACGUAGAAGAUCUAUCGAUGGGUCCCAAGCGUGACUCAGAAGAACGAGGACCUUCGGUAUCGCCACCACCUUCGUCAGUCGUUCGCGUGGUGCAACGUUCGCGAUCACCAUCACCACAACCGGCCCCACCCUCUAUACCACCCCAGCAGCAGGGUGUCAUUGUGCCAGCCCCCGGUAAGUUAAAGGAAGACUACAACAUCCCCAUCAAGCGGGAAAUCAUCGCCGACAGUAACGCACCAUCAGAAUCGUCGUAGAGCGAAAGCA